GCUCCUCAGACAAGAGCAUAGCGAUCUUGUGCCUAAGUGUUCAAAACGAACCAAGCAACUCCUUCAAGAUGAAAUCCAACGCUGUAUUUGCUCUUGCUCUCUUCUGCGCUGUUGCACUCGCAGCUGCCCAAACGGAAACCGGGGAACAAGUAUAUGUGGAAGAAUCAUAUGAGUCUCCCCGUGUCCGAAGAGAGGCCGAUCCCCAGGGGUCCAUCGUCCUCCACGGAAAAAAACCCUUGAGCGGACCUGACCGUAGACCAACCUUGAGCGCGGACUAUGAACAUCGUUUCUACGACAAGAACGGAGUGAACGCAAAUGCUUAUGGUGGAAUAAUCAAGCAACCAGGACAACAUGCCACGUCUCGCGCUGGCCUUUCGCUCGAAAAGAACUAUAAGAACGGCUUCAUCAGGGGAUACAGCGAUGUCCAACGUGGUUCAGGCGGCAGAUACUCGCCAAACGUUGGAAUUGAUGGUGGAUUCCGAUUCAGACGAGACGUUGACAACGUCGAAGAAGAGCAGGAGGAAGAAGAGGAGUCUCCCCGUGUCCGAAGAGAGGCCGAUCCCCAGGGAUCCAUUGUCAUCCAAGGACAAAAACCCCUGGGCGGACCUGACCGUAGACCAACCUUGAGCGCGGACUAUCAACAUCGUUUCUACGACAAGAACGGAAUGAACGCAAAUGCUUAUGGUGGAAUAACCAAGCAACCAGGACUACCUGUCAUGCCUCACGCUGGCCUUUCGCUCGAAAAGAACUAUAGGAAUGGCUUCAUCAGGGGAUACAGCGAUGUCCAACGUGGUCCAGGCGGCAGAUACUCGCCAAACGUUGGAAUUGGUGGUGGAUUCCGAUUCAGACGCGACGUUGACAACGUCGAAGAAGAGCAGGAGGAAGAAGAGGUGUCUCCCCGUGUCCGAAGGGAGGCCGAUCCCCAGGGAUCCAUCGUCCUGCAAGGACAAAAACCCUUGGGCGGACCUGACCGUAGACCAACCUUGAGCGCGGACUAUCAACAUCGUUUCUACGACAAGAACGGAAUGAACGCAAAUGCUUAUGGUGGAAUAACCAAGCAACCAGGACUACCUGUCAUGCCUCGCGCUGGCCUUUCGCUUGAAAAGAACUAUAAGAACGGCUUCAUCAGGGGAUACAGCGAUGUCCAACGUGGUCCAGGCGGCAGAUACUCGCCAAACGUUGGAAUUGGUGGUGGAUUCAGAUUCAGGCGCGACGUUGACAAUGUCGAAGAAGAGCAGGGGGAAGAACAGGUGGUGGAAGAACAGGAGCAAGAAUACUAGGAGCGCGUUUCUCACUUGGAUCACCAAAUCUCGACAAUGGCUCAUACUGACUGCAUUUAUUAGCAUUUAACGAUUAUUUAUUUUGCAUUUAUUUUGUUGCGAUUCAUGUAUUUUAAGCGG